GCACCCGCUGCAGCAGAGGUGUUAGAACGCACCUCGCCGACCGUCUCAUCAACAAGUAAAAAAGGUAAGAGGUAGAAGAGAGAGAGAGAGGAAGAGCCACGGUGCUCCACAGCAGCGGUGCCGGCGACGUGCCUCUCCCUUGCGUCCGCAAGCAGCGACAAACUGGCAGAUUAGCUCCCUCGUAGCCUCCGUAGCAACUCCGUAGACGUGGCAAUAUCUAGCAAAAGCAAUCUCAUCAAAAGUACUCCUUUUUUUUCUUAGUAGUAGUUCGUGCACUUCAGCGUAGUUACAAUUUAUCGUACUCCUUUAGAGUUCUCUUUCUCUCCCUCUGUUGAGCUCGCCACUUGCAUUACCCGCUUCCUCGUCUUGAAGCACGCAGACACACCCACACACAACGAGGAAGAAGAAACAAACAAAACAUGCUGCGUCGCGGGGGCCGCACGAGCGCCUUCGCACUCACCCACAGCACCGUCGCGUGCGUGCCGGCGUUGUGCAGCGCGGCGCGCUUCAUUGCAAAUGAGUUUAAAGACAUCCGCCCCAGCAGCGGUGGUGCGGCGCCGCCGCCGUCCAUCAGCCACAACGAGCCCCUCUUGCCCAUGGACUUCAACCCCCACAUUGAGUGGUUCGAGUACCCGAAGGAGAUCUUCGAUCCGAAGUUCCCGUACACCCGUGAGGAGAGCAUCCGCAUGACCGAGGAGUCGUGGGAGAGCACGAUGGACGAGAUGGCGAGCAAGUACGGGAUGCGGCUGAACAUGACGACCAAGCCGACCUUCUGGCUGGCGUGGUCUAUCAUGUUCUUUUACAGCUGGUACACGCUGUGGGGCUGCUACCGGGCGAUGGGCACGGAGCCGGGGUGGUCGCACUUUAGGAACGUGGUGCUGAACCAGCCAUCGGUGCCGGUGCUGGAGGAGGACGACAUCUACCUGGACCAGUGGAUGCGGCCGGAGAUGCGGGAGAAGUUCAGCCGCUACGACCGCUUCUGGAACUGGAAGCCGCUCGUGAACCGGGCGGGGGCGAAGACCUCGUGGCAGAUCCCGAUGCAGUACACGGACGAGUCGGAGUGGAAGCACAUGACGAGUCGCGUAUAA